AUGGAUCCAACCUCCACCCCACGGCAUACGGAUCGCUUCAAGAUGGGAAAUACAGAUCCAAUUCCCUCGUCUUCACCGGCAUUUGGAACACCAGCACGCCCAUUUCGCAUGAACAGAUCCAAUGCGCCACCUACAAAGACCUCUAUUCUUCCUAUCCUACUUCCACCUUCCACUCUCCGACCUGUCGCUUUCCGAACCUUCACCCGCAAGCAUAACCUAACCAUUUCAUCCUCGGCACUGCAAACAUUGGCCGCAUUCGUGGGUAAAAACUGUGGCUCAGGCUGGCGAGAAGAAGGCCUUGCCGAGAAAGUCCUAGACGAAGUUGCGAAAAUAUGGAAAAGAGCCGGAGGAGGAGUUAUCGUCGAAGAAGGGAAAGGUGCCUCCCUCAAAGCUAUCCUGCAGACCCUCGAAGGAAGCAUGAGUGGCGGACGAGUCGUUGCUGGUAAACAAACCAACUCGACAGAUAGAAAUGGAAGCAUUACGAGUGUGGGCGCUGAUGUUGGACGCAUCGAUCUGAACCACAACAACGACCAAGGAGGUUCAUUUGCCUCGAGAUCCGCCGAUAACGAGGAAGAUGAGUCCGCGCUAUCAAUUCACCCUCGGAACUGGUUCAAGGCAAUUGAUGCCUUUGAUCUCCCCCGCCUGACCUACAACGUCGACAAGAAGUAUUUUGAGACCCUCAAGUCAAAGCCGACAUUGUUCCCACCCCCAUCGCACAAAACUUCUCUUUUCAGAGACAGGUAUAACUUGGUCUAUCAAAGAUUACUUCGCAAUGAGUCUUUCCAGAGUUCUUUGGGUAUCGCAGGUGUUCCUUCACUACAGCGAUCGUCGUCGAACCUCGCCGCCGGGCAAUCAUACAAGUUAACGCCGAUUGCAAACUUGCUUGGCCGGAGUGGGACAUCCCAUCUUCUUCUGGGCCUUUUGAUAACAUCACCAACCGGUGAUUUAGCACUGGUAGACUUGACUGGAACCGUGUCUCUCGACCUAAGCCAUGCACGAAUGAUCCCAGAAGACGGCGCUUGGUUCGCACCGGGCAUGAUCGUGCUAGUCGACGGUAUCUACGAAGAAGAAGAAAUGAUCAAGGGAUCCGUCCUAGGCGGCAACACCGGCGUCGGCGGCUCCAUCGGCGGUCACUUUGUCGGAGUAUCGAUUUGCGGCCCUCCAUGUGAGAGAAGGGACAUCUCCCUCGGAACCGGCAACCGCCAAGGCAGCGGAGAACUCAGUUCAAGCGGCGGAUUUGGCUGGGUCGACUUCCUAGGAAUUGGCAGCGAGCGUGCCCAGGGUGCUCGUAUGAGGAGAAUUCAAGAAAAAUGCCUCCAGGGCUCACGAGAAGAAUCUCAAACGGAGGUCUCAGCGCCGCCGAGACUGAAAGUCGCCGUAAUGAGCGAAGUCAAUCUCGACAACAUGCGAACCCUCGAUGCCCUGCGCAAAGUAUUCAGCUCCUACAACGAUCUCGCACUCCACGAGCGUCCCCAGUCUUUCGUCCUGAUAGGCAACUUCGUCCAAACAGCCGUCAUCAACGGAGGCGGACGAGCCGGCAGCAUCGAAUACAAGGAAUACUUCGACUCCCUCGCCGUCGUGCUAGCCGACUUCCCAGCUCUCCUCCAACACUCAACAUUCGUCUUUGUCCCCGGCGACAAUGACCCCUGGGCUGCAGCUUUCUCCGGAGGCGCAGCAUCAACGAUCCCCCGCCAUCCAAUUCCCGAACUAUUCACCUCCCGAAUCAAACGCGCCUUCACAACCGCCAAUGCAGACCUAGAUCGGUCCCAGCAGAGCUCAAGCUCAAACUCCGCACCCGGCGAAGCCCUCUGGACCUCAAACCCAGCCCGACUAUCAUGGUUCGGACCCGUCCACGACAUAGCCAUCUUCCGCGACGACAUCUCAGGCCGCCUUCGCCGCACAGCGAUAAGCACCAAGACAGACGAAGACGAGCCCGAGCCCGACACAACCAUGCACGAGGCCCUAGAAAACGACACAGUCUCCAUCGAGCCCGACCAAACUGCCGACAACAAACCCGACACGUCGUCCGCAGCCGCAACGAUGGCGCGCCGCUUGGUCAAAACAGUCCUUGACCAAGGCACACUUGCCCCAUUCCCGCUGACAUUGAGACCCGUUCUUUGGGACCAUGCUUCUGCUAUUCAACUGUAUCCGUUGCCGACGGCUCUGAUCCUGGCCGAUGCCGAGGCUAGUCCUUUCUGCAUGACGUAUGAGGGGUGCCAUGUUAUGAACCCGGGACGACUGCUUCCUGAGGGUGCCGUGCCGACUGUUCGGUGGAUUGAGUAUGAUGUUCUACGGAAUCGGGGGAAGGUUAGGGAGGAUCGGUACUAA